UGUCCUUUGCAGCGAACUCCAUUCUUCAAUUUGUCUGGUGUGAGACAGCAGAAACGUCCGCCAGCUAGAAGAAACCGCAAGACCGUCGCAAUGCUCCCGCGUCUAGCGUCUGCACUAUCAGCGAUAGCGAUCGCAGGCUCUAGCACGUCGCCAGUCAGCGCCGCCACCACUGACUACCCUCUGGGGCCCUUUACUGUUAGCGUCGACACGGAUGGGUCGUCUGUAGAAAUUGCCAACAGUGCCGGAGACCAAGUCUGGAAGUCUGCGUCGGACCGUACCUUCAUUUCAGCGUCUUCGGGCCUCACAACGAUCACGCAGGCGUCGGGAAACUUCCAGUUGAGCAGCGAAAAUGUGGGAGCACCGUGCCAGACUGCUACAAUUUCUGGUGUAAUUUCAUCAAGCUCCGACCGUGUUGACAUUAGUGGCUCAUUCGGAGAUGCUGCUUGCUCGGACUGGACGUGGUCGUUAUCGUUUGCACUGGAAUCGUCGAGUGGCGAUGACUCGCAGCCGUUGGUUUUUAAUGCUAGCGUUGUUGGAGACAAUGUCGACAACGUUUACAUCGCCUACGAGUCGCCAAAAGACGAGUCCUUCUUCGGUCUGGGUGAACAAACGGGAAUCGGCAAUCUUCGCGGGUGGCGUGUGCCGGUAUGGACUCGUGAAGGCGGCGUCGGCCGUGGCGAGGAACCCGUCACCACGUAUCUCAAUGAGAACGCCUCUAUCUCGGGGGCCUUCGCAGGUGGUUCACUGCUCACGACGUACACUGGUGUGGGCUCUCUCACGUCCUCGCUUGGCCGUUGGGUCGUACUGGACGGAACCAAGUACGCUCUCUUUGAUCUAGCGAGCAAUGCCACCUCGGCGUUCGAGGACACUGCGGCUGGAUAUCUCGCCGGAAACAUCACGGACGGUGAUCACGCUACGGGCUCGACUACGACCUUGGAGAUCAUGUACGAGAGUUCCAGUCUAAACGGCUGGCUUGGUCGUACUGCCACGGGUAACCCGUUGCUGGAGGCGACGAACGCGCUGACGAAAGUCACUGGCCGUCAACCGGAGUUGCCUGAUUGGUCUCAUGAUGGAGCGAUCUUGGGCAUCCAAGGUGGGCAGGACUUCGUGGAGGAAGUCAUUCAAAAUGCACUCAGCGCGAACAUGCCACUCGUGAGCGUGUGGCUACAGGAUUGGUCAGGUACACGGCUGCAGACGGGUGCGUACGGCAUCUCACUCCACCGACUUUGGUGGAACUGGGAGCCCGACACGACAUUGUACCCGACGUGGGCCAAAUGGGUACCCCACCUGCAAUCCACGUAUGGUGUGCGUACCAUGAGCUACAUCAACACGUUCCUCGCCAACGUGAGCACGAAGAGCACGGGAUACAAUACGAGCUUCUAUGCGAUUGCAGCCAGUGAGGGACGCUUUGUUGCCAAUGCCACGGCUGGCGAUGGCAGCGCAUGGACUAUCACCAGCGGGCCUGGAAUCGACGCUGGGCUGCUGGAUCUGUCAAACCAGUCAACGAUUGACUGGUUUAAGGAGCUUGUGAAGCAGCAAUACUACUCGGUGCCGAUCUCCGGCAUGAUGCAAGAUUUCGGCGAGUAUCUGUCUGUGGACGACUCGGUCAGUCUGUCCGGCGGUACGGUCAACUCGCGCGUUUUCCACAAUGACUACCCGACCGUCUGGGCAACACUUCUCCGCGAUGUUGUGACUGAACUGGGACUGGAGAACGACACUAUCGGCUUCCACCGUAGCGCUGGUACCUUUUCAGCCAAACACACGAACCUGUUCUGGGUGGGUGACCAGAACAUUGACGAAUCUCGGGAGGACGGCAUGCGCGCCGUUAUCAGCAGCACUCUUCACGUGGGUGCCUCGGGUUUUGCACAGACUCAUUCUGACAUCGGUGGCUACACGAAUACAUUGGCCACGGUAGGCAACAUCACUCGUAACGCUGCGUUGCUUGGUCGUUGGGGAGAGCUCGGCGCGUUUAGCGGUACGGCCUUCCGUACGCACGAAGGUAAUAUCCCUCAGAUGAACGUCCAGGCUUACACGAACGAGACGACGCGAGCUUAUCACGCCUACAAUGCUCGUUUGUUCCGAAGUUUGAAGCCGUACCGGUUGGCUUUGCUGGAAGAGUACCAGAUGAACGGUUGGCCUCUCGUUCGCCACCCGAUGGUGUAUUCGCCAAACGACUCGGUCGCGAGCACCGUCAUUGAUGAGACUUUCUGGUUUGGCGAGGCUCUGUACGUGGCCCCCGUCUACGAUCUGUCAGCUUCCAGCGUCGAGGUGUACCUUCCUCCACUUCAAGUCGACAGUCACGGCGCAGCGGUCAACUCGACGGCCUUCACGUACAAGCACUUGUGGAGUGGGGAGGAAUAUGCACCCGGCCAGACUGUCACGGUUGAUGCGCCUUGGGGUGAACCGGGUGUAUUCAUGCGCUGGCCCGUGACUGAGAAGGAGGGAUUGCAAUUGCAACAGCUUUGGGAGUUCGUUGUCGCCGAAAACGCGACCAUACUCGAAGCGUAGUAUCGACACUUCUGUCAAGACCUUGACUCGACUUGAGUCAUUUCAGGGCAACGGUAACGGGCUCGUCUCGCUGGUUUGCUGUGAAUAUAUUUCGUGUACGGUAAACGAAACUACGUCGGCACAUGCGCGUGUUCUUCUGCUCGCGUUAACACUCACAGCAAACAACGAAGCUAGCCAUAGUGUCGCCAGGCCUGUUCAGCUGUCUCUGAAAUGUUAUCCUAAGACAUCAUUUACAAACGCACGAGCACGCUGAGUUUGAUGUUCCCCCGAACCAAACUUGAUACAUGUAGUGACCGG